CUCUGGAGAGGGGGGAUGUCAGCAUCAAAAAGACGCAAAAGGGGGAGGUUUCCAAAAAUAAAACCCUCCAUCCCCUCCAGGCUCUGGCAGUGCCAGAGGCGGGCGCAAAGGUGCUCGGAGCCGCCUGCGGAACGCCGGAGCUCUCCGGCGGGACGGCCGCGCUCCUCUCGCUCUUCCUCCUUUUGCGGGGCCGCUCGGCAGCCCCCGGCCCGGUCUCCGGCCCCGGUGGGCAGCAGGUGCUGGCGGAGCCCCGCGGGGAGAUGGGGCAGUGAGGCGCGGCUCAGUCGGGCGGACCGGAGCGCAGCCCCCGGAGGGAUGCCCGCCCCGCGCCGCCGGCCCUCGCCCGCCCCGCGGGCUGACAGCAUGCGGGGGGCCGCGGGCAGCGUCUUGCCCCUCACCUUCGCGAUCCUGCUGGGACUCGGCGACUGCCAGCGGGACCUGGCGGCGAGGCUGGAGCCCGGCGCCUCCCGCCGCGCAGAACCCCGCCGGCUGCGGGGUCAAGCCGCGCCCCUGGGGGCGACGGGCACCGCUCCCGGCCUGCCCCGGCCGCACAGAGCCCCCCCGGAGCCGGCCGCCCUGCCCGCCGCCCUGCGCCCCGAGCGCGGCCCCGCGGAGAGCCCCAACGACGGCCGCAGGCAGCGCCCCGAGCCGGGACUCGGCCCCGCGCAGGGGCUGCAGCCGUCCCGGCAGCGACCCAGGAGCUCGCACAAGGCGCGGGUGGUGCCGCGAGCGAAGGAGCCGAACGGCAGAGGGAGGAUGGUGGGGCCGAAUGUCUGUGGGAGACAGUGCUGCUCGGGCUGGGCUGUGGCUCCUGGCACAAACCACUGCAUCAAACCUGUCUGUGACCCACCGUGCCAGAACAAGGGCUCCUGCAGCCGGCCCCAUGUCUGUACCUGUCGCUCAGGUUUCCAGGGCUCCAGGUGCGAAGAAGUUGUCCCUGAGCAAGAGUACCACCCACCCAGCAUUGCCCUACAGCCCCCUGCGGGCUCCCUGAGGAGGAGGACUGGCACAGCUGAGCGGGAUGCUUCCCCACGAGAGGCUCAGGCACCUGUCCCACGGCAUGCACCCACCAGGACUCAGAGUAGAAUUGGCUCUCCUGUCUCAACCCAGCACGCAGGGCCAUCACGGACUGUCCGGCGCUACCCUGCCAGCAAUGGCCAGCUCACAUCUAACACGCUGCCCAAUGGGCAAGGGCACGAGCAGGGCAGCUCUGGGCCAAAUGCAGCCUUCCAGGAGCACACAUCGGCUGCAAGGGGGGCAAACCUGACAGAGAAGAUUAGGAAAAUAAAAAUCAUCUUCACACCCACCAUCUGCAAACAGACAUGCCGGAAUGGGCGCUGCUACAACAGCUGUGAGAAGGGAGACACCACCACUCUCUACAGCCAAGGGGGACAUGACCACGACCCCAAGUCUGGCUUCCGCAUCUACUUCUGCCAGAUCCCCUGCCUGAAUGGAGGACGCUGUGUUGGCCGUGAUGAGUGCUGGUGCCCUUCCAACUCCACGGGGAAGUUUUGCCACUUGCCGGUCCCCUCUCCAGAAAAGAAGCAAGGAGGGAAGGCGCCAAACACCAUAGCCAGUGGCUCUAUGAAGCACUCCACAUACACCCUGCCUUUGUCCAACCAGUUGGCUUCCCUGAACCCUUCCCUGGUGAAUGUCCACAUCAACCACCCUCCAGAAGCCACCGUGCAGAUUCACCAGGUGGCCAGGGUGCGGGGUGACUCAGAGGUGUCAGAGGAGAACAGCGUGGAGGCAGUGCUGGUGCCUCAGAUGGCCGCAGUGCCCUGGUACACCUACAGCAAUGGGAACGGCAACAACAUUGCCACCGAGGGAGGCCAACAGAAGAGACCCCAAGGGUUGCUGGGGAGGUGCUUUCGGGAAGCUCUCCAUGGGCAGUGCACAAAUCCGCUGCCAGGGCUGACCCUGCUGGAGGAUUGCUGCGGCAGCGUGGGGCUCUUCUGGGGAGUGGACAGGUGCCUGGCUUGCCCCCCUCGGCCAGCACACCCCGUCAUUGAAAAUGGACAGGUGGAGUGUCCCCAGGGAUACAAGAGGCUGAAUAGGACCCAUUGCCAAGAUAUCAACGAAUGCUUGAUACAGGGCUUGUGCAAAGAUGCCAAGUGUUUGAAUACCCGUGGCAGCUUCCGCUGUACUUGCAGACCUGGCACCAUGUUGGACCCCUCCCGCAGCCACUGCAUCUCUGACAAAGCAGUGUCCAUGGAGCAGGGGCUGUGCUACCGUUCUGCAGCUGAAGGUGUGUGCUCCUUCCCCCUCUCCCACCGAAUCACUCAGCAGAUCUGCUGUUGCAGCCGUGUUGGCAAGGGCUGGGGCAAGAACUGUGAGGAAUGCCCUGUGCCCGGCUCAGGAGCGUUCAAAGAAAUUUGCCCAGCAGGACACGGCUAUACCUACUCCAGCUCUGACAUCCGCCUUUCCAUGAGGAAGGCAGAGGCAGAAGAGCUGCCCCUAAGCCUGGAAGAGCACAGUGAGAGCAGCAACUGGACAUUAAACUGGGCAACAAGGAGACAGCGGCUGCAGGACAGUUUGCAUGGGAGUGUCCUGGAGGCAUUGCCCCACCCUGACAUCUCAGCAGGAGAAAGUGAAGUUUUUCCUGCUGGGCAGGAUGCUGCUGAUAUCACCCCAGAGCCUGAGGCACAUGGAGUGGAGGAAGAAGAGUCCCGGCGUGCUCCUCCCCAGCCUGGCCCUACCACCACCUGGGCAGAUGCUGCUCCAUCACAGAUACCCGCGCAGGGCUCAGGGGCCAGCGGCUGUGCCUCUUCAUCCCUUGCCUGUGGAGCUGGUGUGUGUGUGCUCACCCCGGAUGGAUACAGCUGCUCGUGCCACCUGGGCUAUACGCUGCACCCCAGUCGUCUGCACUGCAUUGAUGAAGAUGAGUGUCUGCAAGAUCCUUGCGCUGGAAAAGGUCACUGCAUCAACAGCGUGGGCUCCUAUUCAUGCCUCUGCUACUCUGGAUACACUCUGGUUUUCUUGGAGAGCAAGCAGACCUGUCAAGAUCGAGAUGAAUGUGAGCAGCCCUCUACCUGUCCAGGACAGCGAUGUGUCAACACCCCUGGCUCUUACCGUUGCGAGUGCAAGGAGGGCUUUGCCAUGGGCCUCCGAGGACAAUGUGAAGAUAUCAAUGAGUGCGUGGAUCCCAGCCCUUGUCCCCGUGGGAAGUGUGUCAAUACCCCAGGCUCCUACAGGUGUGUCAGCUGUGCGGAUGGCUAUCAGCCCAGGAAUGGAAGAUGCAUUGAUGUGGACGAGUGCCUGGUGGAGAGAACCUGUGCCCACGGACAAUGUAUUAACCUGGAUGGCUCUUUUCGAUGUUCCUGUUACCGGGGCUAUGAGGCAGCACCCGAUGGGAAGAGUUGUGAAGACAUUGAUGAGUGCGCAGCCCAGACUGCCUGUCCCUCCAGACUCUGCCUCAACACCGAGGGCUCCUACUCCUGCAUGGCUUGUGAUGCUGGCUACACUGUUUCUAGAGAUGGCAGCACAUGUGAAGAUGUGGAUGAGUGUGCAGACCAUGCUAUUCAGUGCCUAGGAGGAGAAUGCCGGAACACGCUGGGCUCCUAUGAGUGUCACUGCCAGGCUGGCUUCGAGCUCAUCAAUGGCACAGUAUGCCAAGAUGUGAACGAGUGCCUGAACAGUGAGAUCUGCAGCCCCAAUGGUGAGUGUCUCAACAGCCAUGGAUCCUACUUCUGCAUCUGUGCGCCUGGCUUCUCCAGCUCGGCUGGAGGAGUCAGCUGUCAAGAUGUGGAUGAAUGCACAGACAAAUCCCGGUGCUCAAAAGGACAGUGCCUGAACACAGAAGGCUCCUACAGGUGUCUGUGUGAAAAUGGGUUCAAACACUCCCAGGAGACUGAUGACUGCAUAGAUGUGGAUGAAUGUAAGGAAUAUGGGGAUGCCAUCUGUGGCACAUGGCGGUGCCAGAACAGCCUGGGCUCCUACCGUUGUAUCAUGGGCUGCCAACCUGGCUUCCACUGGACACCCCUGGGUGACUGCAUUGAUAUAGAUGAGUGUGCCAAUGAGACGCUGUGUGGGAGCCAUGGCUUCUGUGAGAACUCAGAUGGCUCCUUCCGCUGCCUCUGUGACCGUGGCUACGAGAGCUCUCCCUCUGGGCACUACUGCGUUGAUGUGAACGAGUGUGAGUUAAUGGUGGCUGUAUGUGGGACCGCACUCUGUGAGAACGUGGAGGGAUCGUUCCUGUGCCUGUGCCCCAGCGACCAUGAGGAAUACGACACAGAGGCAGGACAGUGCCGGCCACGGGCAGCCGUGGAGGACCCUGAGAGACAUACAGCCCAACCCUCUGACAGCAUGGAGCGCAAGCAGUGCUACUACCACAUCAGCGACGUUCGUCUGUGUGACAGCGUCCUGGCCAAGAACAUCACAAAGCAGGAGUGCUGCUGCACCGUGGGGGCAGCCUGGGGUGACAACUGUGAGACCUACCCCUGCCCCAUCUUGGGCACAGUCGAGUAUCAAGAGAUCUGCCCUCUUGGGAAGGGUUAUGUUCCUCAAGAAGAUCCACUCUCAGGAAAAGUCUCCUUCACAGACAUGGAUGAGUGUGAGACCUUUGGCUCCGAGUUCUGCCGCAAUGGGCAGUGUCUGAACACAGUGCCAGGCUACAAGUGCUUCUGCCGUACAGGCUACUACUAUGAUGCCGGCAAGCUCGAAUGUGUAGAUCAGGAUGAGUGCCAGAAUGAGGUGUACUGCAUCAAUGGCGAGUGCCUGAACACAGUUGGCUCCUACCACUGCUUCUGCAGCCUCCCACUUGUGUUGGAUGCCACUGGCAACCGCUGUGUGAACCUCUCCGGCAGAGCAGAUGCCCUGGAGGAGUAUGAGAUCCACCUGGAUGUCUGCUGGCAAACUGUCUCUGACUACAUCUGCCAAGACCUGCUGCACGGCGAGCAGACCACCUACACCGAGUGCUGCUGCCGCCUUGGUGAAGCCUGGGGCCAGAACUGUGCCCUCUGUCCACACAGGUCCUCUGCUGAUUUUGCUUUCCUCUGUAAUGGGGCUAGUGAAGACAGUGACAGAGGGGCUGAGGUCCGAGAAAGACCUAGGUAUGAGUAUGGACCAGGCUUGGAAGAUCCCCACUAUGGCCUUCCCAGCCCAGACAUGGGCCCCUACUACAACUACCUGGAAUCAGAGUAUGGAAACCCUGACGUGGCUUUCCCUCGGAGAGAACCGAGCAGUGAGUUUCGUGGCAGCCCUUUCCACCAUGGCCCAGGGCGGCCCCCACCCCGCUACCUGCCCAGCCAACCUGGUCUUUAUGAGGGCUUUGAGGGGCUGCAGGCUGAGGAGUGUGGCAUCCUCAAUGGCUGUGAGAACGGACGUUGUGUGCGUGUCCCAGAGGGCUACACCUGUGACUGCUUCGAUGGCUACCAGCUGGACAUGACCCUCAUGGCCUGUGUGGACAUCAAUGAGUGUGAGGAUGUGGAUGUCCCAGUGCCACUGUGCCAGGGUGGCACCUGCGAGAACACAGAAGGCUCCUUCCGCUGCCGCUGCUUACCAGGCUAUGUGGCACUGGCCCAGCCCCACCACUGUGUGCCCCAGACAGCCCAGAGCCCAGCAGCAGCAUAGCUCUAGAGGAGCGGCAGUGGGGUUACUCCCCUCUGGUGACACGCUUCUCCGGGACCUGGUGGUGUGGACAAGGGUCCCCGGGGCUGUGGCUGCUUCUAAGCCCUUUGUCCCUUCACCUCCAAAGCGCACAACUCCCCCGCCACCUUUUCCUAGCUGUGACUGCCAGGGCUGAGCUCCCAGCCUCUGUACUCCCAUCCUCACUUCCAGCCCCUGCUUCUGCCACAGCAGAGCCCUCCCCAGCCCGGCCCCCAGCACCUGCUGCAAUGCCACAUACUAUGGGGGCUCACAGGACACUUUCUCCUACUGUGCAGCCCCAGCCUCUCCCUGCACCCUGCAGAGAGGCUGGGUUCACCUCCCCACGGCGAGCAUCACUGCUGCACUGACCUAGUGGCGGGCCUCACCGCACCACGCAGCCUGCCCCAGGACACAGCCCUGGAGGAGCAACCCUGGCUCCCUAAAGCUGCUGCCCAACCUUAAGGUGUGGUGGAGAGGAUGGGGGUCCCACAGCCGGCUCACCCUGCAGCCAUCCCAGGCGCAUCCCUACCCCUGUGCUGCGCCUUUGUGCCCCGCGCUGGCUGGGGGGAGUGGGCAGGGUUCCAGCUUAGUUUCUGUAAAGUUGAUGACUUUUUUUUAACUGAGUCUGCUGGAAACUUCUCUCAUGUUGUUAAAUAAAACAUUUAUUUUGGGCCCUGUGGCUCAUGACACUGGGGCUGGGUCAGAA